UUCACGGUUCGCUCCGCGCAGGACUCCGGGCUGGACAGCUGUCAAGUUGAGCCCGUUCUGGGUUGGCGUUGCGAUCACUUUCUGUUUGUAGUUCGGUUGUUACUGGGCCCGUGUUCAAGUCCUCCACGCUUCGGAACCGAGACAGGUCCUGUAUGAAGCCACCACAAAGUUCUCCGCGACCAUGAAGUUAUCCGCAGCGACGCUGAGCCUUUGUUUAUGGACGCUGCUGGAGACCAACGUUUACCUGACAGGAACUUGUUCGCCGGCUGGGAAAGGUUCAGGAGAAGACUCUUUCACCAUUCAACACUCGAGUUCAUUAAAGUGUCUGGAUGUGAACGACCCGGCGAACUUCAGCCUGGCCACCUGUGACCCAAGCAGCACCGCCCAGCUGUGGAAGUGGGGCUCGGGUCACCGGCUCUUCCACGUGGCGUCGUCUCUCUGCUUGGCGCUGGAUGUCCAGUUGAAGAAGCUGUCUCUGGUGGACUGCGGCUCCGGUGAUUUGCUGGCGUGGCACUGCCAGGACGGAGCCGUGUACACCGUCUACGACAUGGGUCUGACGGUCAGCGAGGGGAAACCGGGCGUCAGACGAGACGUCAGUGAGAACUGGUCCAGAGGAGGAUCCCAGGAGAACAUCUGCCACAGAACGUAUCGAGUUCUUCACUCCUUCAACGGGAACUCGGCAGGCGCUCCGUGCGUGUUCCCCUUCAAGUUCAACGGCAGCUGGUACCACGAGUGCCUUCCUGACCCAGAUGCUCCAAAACUGACCUGGUGUUCUACGUCUCUGGACUAUGACCAGGAGAGGAAAUGGGGGAACUGUCUAAUACCUGAAAAUGGCUGCCACACCCUGUUUUCUGGCCCAGAAGGAGACUCCUGCUACGAGUUCGUCUCCGGCAGCACCGUGACCUGGCAUGAAGCUUUGGACUCGUGUCGCAGUCAGGGAGCGGAUCUGCUCAGUCUGUCAGAGUCCGACGACCUCGAGUCCAAGACCCUUUUGGACGGUUUGGGACAAAUGGCUGAGAAGAUGUGGAUCGGUCUCCACCAGCUGGACUUGUCUCAGGGCUGGCAGUGGUCGGACGGCUCACCCCUCUCUGUCCUGCGCUGGGAACCGGGAAUGUCCAUUUCCUGGGCAGUUUGUGGAGUCCUGAACUCGAAGAAGAACUACGAGCCCAUGUCCUGCUACGAACGGCUGCCGUACGUCUGCAAGAAGAAGUUCAACGCCUCCGAUGCUGCUGCGAGCGAGCUGGACGUUUAUAAAGAAACGGUGUGUACCGAGGGCUGGGUGCCGUGGAGCGGCUGGUGCUACAAGCUGGUGAACAUCUCACAAAAUUUCUCAGAUGCCCAGCAGCAUUGCAACAGCACAGAAGGAGGAGAUUUAGCUGCUUUCCACAACAUCGACACCAAAGAGAUGAUCAGCACUUAUUUCCAUGCAGGCAGCAAGACUUGGGAUGUGUGGAUUGGUCUGACUGGUACCGGAGCAAACUCCACCAUCUUUAAAUGGACCCACCAGGGAACCAUCACCUUCACCUACUGGGACCAGAACCAGCCGUCACAGCCCACCGAAGAAACCAGCUGCGUCUUCUACUCGGGGGAGGCUCACAUGUGGCAGGUCGGGAACUGCACCGACAAGCUUCCCUUCAUGUGUCAGAAGAAAGGGGAAGUCAACGAGUCAGCAGUACAGGCCGGAUGUAGCUGGGAAGAUGGUUGGAGGAGACAUGGCAGCUCCUGCUAUCAAGUGAACACCAAGCAAGUGUACUUCAAGGAUCGCUGUAGCAUGACUAUAAGGAACAGGUUUGAGCAGUCCUUCAUCAACCGUCUGCUCAGAGAGCACAUCAGCAAGGAGCCUCAGUAUUUCUGGAUUGGCAUGCAGGACAUCAAGAGCAACGGACAGUACCAGUGGAUGAGCCAAGAUGGCUCUCCGGGCCUGGUGACGUUCACAAACUGGGGCUUGUCAGAACCAGGACAGGACGGAGGAUGUGCUGUGACGUCCACCGAAAUGCCUCUGGGCAGGUGGGAAGUGAAGAACUGUACCCUCUUUAGAGCCGGUACUAUCUGCAGAACAGACCUCAGUCCUCUUCCAGAACCAGAACCUGAACCAGAGCUGGAUCCUAACGCAACCUGUCCUGAUGGAUGGAAAUCUGGAUCAGACGUGAAAUACUGCUACAAGGUGUUUCACGAGGAAAGGCUGAGCAGGAAACGCUCCUGGGAGGAAGCCCUGAGUUUUUGCCGGGCUCUGGGAGCCGACCUGCCCAGUUUCAGAACCAGAGACGAGAUGGAAGUCCUGCACACCAUCAUGAGAGACUCCAUCAGUGAUAACCGGUACUUCUGGGUUGGCCUGAACAGGAGGAACCCAGCCGACCCCUCCUGGCAGUGGAGCGAUGGCCGACCUGUAUCGUUGGACGUUUUACACCGCGAGUUCCACGAGGACGACGCAUACAAUCGGGACUGCGCUGCGUUCAAGUCGAUGAGGAACAGCCUGAACCAUCUGCUGAUGUACCUGAUUCACGACAUCCAAGUUGCCCCCUUCUUCGCCACACCAUUCCACUGUGAUGCUCGGCUGGAGUGGGUCUGCCAGAUCCCCCUCGGGAAAAAACCUCAAACCCCACCGUGGUACAAUCCUGGCGGCCACCACAACACGUCGAUCUUCAUCGACGGAUCGGAGUUCUGGUUUGUGAAGGAGCCCAAGUUAACGUUUCAGGAAGCAGAACUCUUCUGUCAAAACAACAACAGCAAACUGGCUUCACCCACAAGCCCCGGUGCUCAGAAUAAGGUCCAGCUAGAAAUAAAGAAGUUGUCAGACUCCUAUACGCAGGCCUGGUGGAUCAGUUUGACUGAACCUGAGAGAUUACCCAGACUGUACUACAACAUUUACACUCAUCAUUUACGUUUCCGUCAUCAUUGUUUUUCCAUCACUCCUGACUACAUAAGUUACUCCUACUGCAAUGAAGCAAAUUCCUUCAUUUGUGAAAAACACAAUGUCACAUUGGUGGAGAGAUACCCGCUGGACCCGCAGCCCGGAGGACUUCCUUGUGAAAAUACUUCUUUGCUUUUCAGAAAUAAGUGCUACACGCUGCUGAACGUAAAGUAUUUGUCCUAUAAGGAAGCCAACGAGCGGUGUCACUCUCUGAGGGGAACCUUGGUCUCGAUAUCCGAUCAGGUCGAACAAGACUUCAUCAACACACUUUUGCCAAAGAUGGAAGGUUUGGACAGAAUCUGGAUCGGUCUGAAAAUAAAUCUGAACCACAGUGAAUGGAUCGACAAGUCCUCGUUGAGUUACUUCAACUUCAACCCUCUGCUCCAAGGAAUGCACAGAGCUAUAAACAUUAAUGUAAGGCCAUCGUCCUUCAUGCCUCUUUGGAUGAAGGAGAUCAUCCCCAAACCAGAGGAGGUUGCCGUGAAGUGUCCUCAUGUCAUUAAAGGACCCAACUGGAUCCCCUGGAGGAACAACUGCUACACCUUCCAGCUCACCAGAACCAGAUGGGAUUACUUUAACAAAGGCCAGGUCUCACAAACCUGCAGAACAAUCCAUCCAGACUCGGACAUCCUGACCAUCAGAACGCAGCAGGAGAACAAGUUCAUCGCGAGCCAGCUCAAACAGUUUGAGAGUCUGGUCAGAUUUGUUUGGCUGGGAAUCUUCGAAGAUGAAAAUAAUCUGACGAAGUGGUACGAUGGUACAGUGGUUCAGUACUCAAACUGGGCCAGCGGCCGACCGGUUUUAAACACAUCCUUCAUGGCUGGACUCACCACGGACGGCUCCUGGGUUCUACUCAAAAACUUGAGAUUGCUCCUCGAGUUCAAGCAGCAGUCGAUCGUGGUCUGCAAACUGGACAAAGAGUCCAAACAGGAGUACCGUCAGUCGGUCAGGGACCUGCAGAAGUACGACAGCUUGACUUACGAAGUCGUGACUGAACGGCUGAGUUGGUACGCGGCUCUGGAGGAGUGCAGUCGGCGCGGGGCUCACCUGGCGAGCGUCCACGACAAAAACCAACACGAGCAUCUCCAGAGGAUCGCCAAGACCGACGGCUUCCCGCUGUGGAUCGGCCUGUCCAACCAGGAUAUCAGCGGUUCAGAGUACGAGUGGUCCGAUGGGACGAAGCUCGGGUACCAACCCAACAUCAUCGAGUCGCUGUCAGGGUCCAGCUCAGACCCACACGAGGCCAAGUGUUUGUUUAUUAACCCAGCUGGAGAGUGGGUCAGAACCAGUUGUAACACUGAACAAGAAGGCACCAUCUGCUAUAACACCAGCACCAGCACCCCGUCCCAAAGAGCUAAACUGAAGUCUGCCCCGGUGGCCAAUCACUGCCCUCAGAACCACGGGACAUCCAACUGGGUUCAGCACCAGGACCACUGUUACCUCUUCGACGAGACCUUCUACAACUACAGCAUCUACAGGAUGGAGCGGGCCAGAACCAUCUGCACUGAGCUGGACGCUCAGCUCCUGACCAUCAGAACCAAACAGGAGAACGACUUCCUGGUCCAACACCUCACUGAUGACCCGCUCAUCACCAGCCAGGUGUGGCUCGACAUGAAGUUCGAUCCACAAGGUAGAGCCGUGUCCUGGCAGGACGGCUCCACUCUGACCUACACAAACCUGAAGUCUGACACCAAGCCGAAGGCGGCCGGGUCCGAGCCCGUCUGCGCCGUCAUGAUGGCGGCCGACGGCGGCGGCUGGAAGACGGUCAACUGUGGAAACACCAAGAGUCGUGUCGUGUGCAAAACUCAAGCGAAGUCUUCCGGCUCUCCUGUAGCGGUGGGUCUCUUCAUCGUCGUUGUCUUGGCGCUCCUCUUGGCCGUCGGCUUCAUCUUCUACAAGAGGAGAAGAUUCCCAUUCAGCUCCUCCUCCAUCCGCUACAAGCGGACCUUUGACGACACAGACAGCACCAGUAUUAUCACCGACGCCGACUGAGCCUCUGUGUUUGGCCUCGGGGACGGUCGACGCAGCCGCAGCCCAUUUGUGUUUUUGUUUGUUCUUCCUGCUCUCGCCUUAAAACGUCUUUUAUCAGGUGUUAAACUGUAAAUACUGAAAUGUGAAUAUCUGCCAAAGUUUCUUAAUUUACUUGAUUCUACCUGCUAAACAGAAUUUUACUCUGAAAGGGUUAAACUGCACUGACUUCAAACUAUCAGAAAUCAUGCUGCUCUGCUUUUAUACGUUCAAAUAUUUAUUUUGCUCAACCUCGAGUGUUUGAUGAGCAGCAUCACUGCCGCACACCGUCAGGAGAGCUCAAUGUAAGAUGGCCGCCACUGCUUUUCAAAGUUGGCUAACACAAAAACGUCUCAAGCUCGGUCACUUUUACAGCUAAGGAGCUAAACUUGGUGUGGUAGUAGCUGAGAGUCAUCCACAACUCUAAUUGCUAUCUGAUGGGAGUUUUGAUUCUAGUUUCGGUAUCUAAGGUGGUGGGCGAUAUGCAUUCUUUCAAAGAAUGCUAGUUUUUGUAUUUUAUGAGUUGCGCUCCUAAUUUUAAUAAGGUGACUCUUUAAACGUUUCUGGGCUAAAAAUGAAGCACAAAAAAAAAAACUUAAAACGCUUGAAUUUUAGUAGAAAUCUUCUUUGUGGAUAAAAACCUCAGACAGCUUUUUAAUAUCAACUCCGGAUAAAUUAAAUAAACUUAGUUUUCGUUACUGCCUUCCAAAAGUUUUUUUAAUUUAUAAAUGACGACGAUGAACUGAACAGUUUUCGUCUCACCGAAGAUGGACUUUUUUCUAACUACUGAUGAAGACGCACUUUAAUCUGUUCCUGCAGCGCGGGGGAGGGCAGGUCGCACUGUUCACGCUGUAAAUAAAAGUUUUAAACUCAAAACAAAGCAAAGGGGCUUCAAUGAUUAAUCGAGUAAGAAGCUUGUGACUAACCGCCUCAGCCGGGCUCGUUGGGGGGUUCAUAUCGAACUUUUAAAGGUUUUGCCGCUUGAAUCAGCUACAGGAAUCUUUCUAAGUGCCUUUUUAAAAUUUUAUUUAUGCUUUUCUUGUAAAAUUUCUUAAGCCAAGUGAACGAAAGAAGUCACCUUUUGUUGCCUGCAUUUGCCAAGAAGCUGACUUCACACUGUUAUUGUGAGAAAUUAACUCUUAAUUGUGCAGUUAAUAAAUUAAAUUUGACGCCUGCAGGACUGUUGAGCUUCCACUGGAAAUAUUUUAUAUGAAUGUCUUUAAAUCUGAAGAGCUUAAUUCAUUAAAACCACUGAGUCCA